AUGGCAACUGGUUCGGGGAGAUAUCUUCGUUAUAUACUGUUUGCUGUUUUUGGAAUCACCAUCAUCUACUUUAUUUCCACCUCGUCACUCCCCUCCUAUGCCCAACCACUGACCUCGGGUACCGCCUUUUCAUGGGAACGACCUGGAGAGUCCAAGACGAGCCCGGUCGCCACCGAUAUCGAUGAUUCCAUUCAUCUCCCGCAAACCACUUCUGUUGCCGAGACCUCACAAUCCGAAGAAACAACAACUCCCAAUGUUAUUUCUACUGUUCCUUCGGAACUCUCGCCCCCCGCUCCAGGCGAACGAGUCAAUGCGACCUUUGUGACUCUGGCAAGAAACACCGAUAUCUGGGAGAUUGCUCGCUCAAUCAGACAAGUCGAAGACCGAUUCAACAGGAACUACAACUAUGACUGGGUCUUCUUGAACGACAAGCCCUUUGAUGAGACGUUCAAAAAGGUCACAACAUCCCUUGUCUCGGGCAAGACACACUAUGGCGAAAUCCCCGUCGAACACUGGUCAUUCCCGCCUUGGAUCGACCAGAAGAAGGCUGAGGCUGUCCGGGAAGACAUGCGCCGGAGGAAGAUCAUCUAUGGCGACUCGGUCAGUUAUCGACACAUGUGCCGGUUCGAGUCAGGUUUCUUCUUUCGUCACCCUCUGCUCCAACAAUUCGAGUACUACUGGCGAGUGGAACCCAGCGUCGAGUUGUUCUGCGAUAUCCAUUAUGAUCCUUUCCGGUACAUGAAAGACAACAAGAAAAAGUACAGCUUCGUCUUGAGUCUUUACGAAUACGUCGAGACUAUCCCGACGCUGUGGGAUAGCACAAAGAAGUUCAUCAAGGCGCAUCCUGAACACAUCUCACCUGAUAACUCAAUGGGAUUUUUGAGUGACGACGGAGGUGACACCUACAACAAAUGCCAUUUUUGGUCAAACUUUGAGAUCGGUAACCUCGACUGGCUCCGGUCUAAGCCUUACAUUGACUUCUUCGAAACCCUCGACAAAGACGGUGGGUUCUUCUACGAACGUUGGGGUGAUGCUCCAGUGCAUUCCAUCGCUGCUGGUCUACUUCUGAGGAAGGAUGAGAUCCACUUUUUCAACGAUAUCGCCUACUAUCAUGUCCCUUUUACACAUUGCCCAACGGGAGAAGACGUCCGAUUGAAACUUCGCUGCCACUGCAACCCGAACGACAAUUUCGACUGGAAAGGCUACAGCUGUACCUCUCGAUUUUUUGACCUCAACAAGCUUAAGAAGCCUGACGGAUGGGAAGCUCAGGUAUGA